AAUUCAACAAUUCUCGCUGAAUACCACGAGAUCAAGCAUGGCUGAUUGGGAAGAGGUGAAACGACUGGCAGCAGAUUUUCAGCGCGCACAGCUGAGUAGUACUGUCCAGAGACUUUCAGAAAGAAACUGUAUUGAAAUUGUCUCUAAACUGAUACAGUUGAAAUUGAUAGAUGUAAUCUACACAACAGAUGGCAAGGAAUACCUAACUCCACAAGAAAUAUCUAAGGAAAUCCGGGAGGAGUUGAUUGUUCAUGGAGGUCGUGUCAACUUGGUAGAGCUUCAGCAUGCCAUUAAUGUUGAUUUGAGUCACAUCCAAAAUGAAGUGGAAGAAAUCCUCAAGACUGACAAAAACCUUACACUUGUCCUAGGGCAGUUAAUUGACAAGGACUACCUUGACCGCUUAGCAGAGGAAAUCAAUUAUAAGCUCCAAGAACAAGGACAAGUUACUAUUGCAGAACUAACCAAACUGUAUGACUUGCCAGCAGAUUUCUUAUCUGAGGUGAUAAAAGAGCGUCUGGGCAUUAUAGUCCAAGGGCAGAUAGAUGACUUUGACAGGGAUGUUAUCUUUACUGAAACUUUUGUUGCAAGGCAGAAAGCAAAGAUCAGGGGGAUAUUCAGUGCAGUUACAAGACCAACACCAGUGAUGAGUAUAAUAAACCAGUACCACCUUCCAGAGAGACUUUUUUACACCAUUCUAGAAGACCUGGUCAGCAGUGGACGGUUGGCAGGCAGUAUAUCUGGUGGACGUCAGGAUAAAGCCUCUUAUAUACCAGACAUCUACACUAGGUCUCAGACAGAAUGGGUGGAUGCCUUCUAUAAACAGAACGGUUACUUAGAAUAUGACUCUCUGAGCAGACUAGGUAUAAGUGAUCCUAAAGGUUUCCUGAAGAAGCGUUACAAGGGUGAAUCUCUGAGUUUCCUGAGUACAUGCUGUGCAGGCACCAGCAUCAAGGAUCAACUGGAGGCCACUGUUGAUGAAGCAUUGGCAGGAGGCACAUGGACAGAUGUCAUGCCUGUUCUGCCAUCUAUAUUCAGUCGUAGUGAUGCAGCCCAGCUACUACAAGACUUUCUCAAACAUAAGCAGGGAGUCCAUGUGUUCUCUGAUACUAUUGUUGCCAGUGACAAGUUCAUCAGUAGCUGUUGCAAGAUGUUUGACAAGUUGAUGCAGCACAAGGCAGAGAAGGAUUCCAAACUGAACUUGGUCCUGUUGUCUCCUGAUGGUGACAAGAAGGUGCAACUGGACACUGCAGAUAAUACAAAAGAAGACAGGAAAGAAGCAAGGAGGAAAAAAGCUGCUGGUGGUCAGAAAUCAGGAGGUGGUUUACAGGGCAGAGAGGUCAAGAUGAAGUCCACCAAGAAGAAAGGUCAUUAUGGUCGUGGAGGAGGAGGAGGACAUGACGAGGAUUCUGAGGAUGAGGUUUCUGCCUCUGUUUCAUCACAAAAGGGAAAACCCAGGGAGGCAGAGUUCAUGAAAGUACCAGAAUUGACUGAAGUACUGAAGAAAAAUCUCAAGGAUUGUGAUGAAGAAUUUCUAACGGAAGUUGCUCAACAAAUUUAUAGGCCUUUAAAGAGACAGUACCAGGAGAUUGCCAAGUCCGUUUUUCUUCAAAGUUCAGCCUCAUCAGGAACUCCUAGAAAGAAGACACAGGGAGAGCUGCAAGAGAAACUGGUUACUUUGUGGACAAAUACAAAACUGUUUGAGAAAGGGAUAGCGCUGUUUAAAGAGGAUGUCCAGGCACAACUCUCCAAGCACCUACUCAAGACAAUAUGUACUGAUAUUACUAACCUAAUUGUUAAUGCCAUAGCAACAGAUCACAUGAUGUCUGUGAGUGACGAGACACAGCUCACUCCAGAAAUGAGGGUAAAAAUAAUUGGAAGCAUUCCAGAGCCAUCGAAGUCUGUACUUAGCAAACUUCAUAGUUCAUUAAAUGAUAAGAGCCUUGAAGUAUUUUAUAACCAGCUGGAUGAAGCAUGUGGACCAUCUCAUUUAGGCAUCUUGCUAAAAAAGCCUGACAAAAAGAAAGAAAGACAGCUGGUAUUUAACCACCGUCAAGCCCUGGCUGAGCAGCUCCGUAGAGAGACAGAGCCAGCCCUGGUGCUCCACCUGGCCUGUGUGGUGCUUAUCCAGACCUUCACACAGACCAUGCUGCAUGCACCGGGCAAAUGUGUGCCACAGAUACUGAGCCAGCUGAAGGAAUACAUGACCCCAGAGGAUUAUGGGAAACUAUCUACUUUCCAAGAUCUUGUAGUUAAACAGCUGAGACAAGGGAGUGAAGAUGGAGAAGAUGAGGAUAUAUCUAUGCAGCUUGUCCAGCUUGUGCCACAGGUUAGAGAGCUUGCUUUGACCACCAAGAAAGCUGCAGCAACCAGUAAGGAGCCAGAAGACUGAAAUUAUGUCGCACCUUGUUUGAAAUAAUGUCACACACGUUGUUUGAGUGCCAAGAAAGCUGAAACAGUUGUUAUGGAAAACAUGGAGACCAGAGACAAAGUGGCAGUGAUUGAUGCAAUAUAUGCUGUGUGCCAUACACUAGCCAAUGCUCGACCUAAUCUGUGCUACCAAGGAACGUGGAGAUUUAUUGUUACUAAGAAUAAAAAAUUGGCCCAAACCCAACUGCAUUAUAUAAGCCAAGAAAACAUGACAUUUUCAAUAUAGCUGGUAACUGAUAUUCGUUGACUUUCGGUUUGUCAAUGAUCAUUGCAAGUAUAGUUUUUUAAAAAGCAAGACAAGAUUAUUUUUUCUGCCAGAAGAAAUAAUGACCUGCAUAUAAGAAAAUAUAUUUGGAGUUCACUUCAUCAUUAUGAUUAUUUCCUGAUACAUGAUUUUGCCUCAUUUGUUUGUAAGAAAUUUAGGGUGUCAUUUUAUACGGUAUGUCACAUAUCGGGUUUGCCACCCAAAACGUGUUCUCACUUCCAAGAAACAUACGAGACUGGUGUCGCAGAGUGUUUUUAUGGCUCGUCCUAUUCAAUAUUGGAAGCGCAAUCCAUGACAAAUGUGGGAUACGCUAGUAACUCUGUUAUAUGCAACUGCAUCCAUGGCCAAGAAGUUGACAUAAAUUAUGGUGCUAAACUUAGCAGAGGUCACAUUUGAUUGCUUUAGCAGUGUGAGUGACUUUUGACUUCCUGAUAUGAAAACGUUCCACAGGAUCCUGUUUUUUUUUUUUUUUUUUUUUUUUUUAAUUAUUAUUAUUAUUAGUUUUUUUUAUAAGGUUACAAUGUGCCUUUCUCGUAAGAUCUUGGAAUAUCACGGUAUAUUUAUUUCUUUUAGUAACGUGUAUAUUAUCCUCAUCACGAGCACAUUGUUUAAAAAAUAAAGAAGGUAUUCGGUGAUGUACUAUUAAAAGGGCAUCUGUCCGAUUUUUCAUGUACGUAUGCUGCAUGUGUAUGUAUGUAUUCUGGUCUGUAUUUGUUCUUGCCGUCGCUGUCCGAGACAUCAACUGUAACGGCAAGACCGUAUUUUUUGUUUGGCCGUGAAGUAACUGAGCAGCUUUCAUAUCGAGUCAAAUCAAUGUAUUAGCAUGAGCAUAAAAGGCAGGUGAGCGAACUUCAAACCAAUAGCCGAUAGUGGUAACUGGGCAUAGUAUUAGGUCUUCGUGCAUUCUGCAAUGAAGGAUUUUAAGACACGUGAACGAAUGGAUAAAUGUUCUGUAUCAGUCAAGAGUUCACUAAACUUUGAUUUCAUAAUUUAAUCUGUAAGAUCUUAUAGAUUCGCCGUUCUUUGAGAACGGUUUUAGCAGCCACUCCCCCAAUCAAAAUUGGCCUCUCCGGUUGUAAUUUGCAUAACAAUAAGUCGCUCAGUGCAGUGCGAACUAUCUUCUUGACGUUUCAUUUGACAGCUGGACACUGUUAGAAGAGGACGCAGGACAGGUGUGGUGAAGUCGCAGAGCCGAACAUUUCAUUCAGCGCUGAAGUUUGUGCCAGGCGUGUGUGAUUAUUCUUAGGUUGAACCAAAUAUGUCUUAACUGCCUAUUCCUUUGCCGAGAUCCUGCAAAAUGCACAUGCGUCUGGCAGAAGCUUCCCUAGUCUUAUGCUGGAAAUGGACACAGACACGCACGCACAUACUUACACAGACACUGCACCACAUUUUAGGCCUACUCAUUUGAUUUUAACAUAUUUGAAAACGUUUUCUAAGAUCGAUUGUGUUUCCUUAUCAAAUUACACUCAAAAUUGGACUGUUAUUUUUUUGUCUAUUAUACCCAAUGGAUUGAUCAUAGAGUUUUUAAAACAAUACCUUGGAACAAGUUCGCAUGUAUUUAAUUCUUUAUGAAACCAAUUCAGUUGCUCUCCGAUUUUAUUUAAUUGUGUAAUUGUAUAAUCAUUUAAGUAAUUAAAAUGCCAUAAUGUACAUGAAAAUGAUUGUCUAUUGCAACUUUUAAACUUGAAGAGCAACUAAACAAUGUUGCGAGUUGAGUGUUUAUUGGUUCGAUCAGCUACCGUAUCAUUUGCUAUCAUAUAUAAUGGAAGUAAAUUUUCGUUACUAGUGCUUUUAUCUGGCACUUGUGAAUACCGAGCAAUUUAUAAAAAUAAAUGCGUUUUUGGUUGUUUUUGAUUUGAUCUUAAAGACGGGGAUGAAAGUUAUAUUAUGAUUAUGUUUAGAAUCAAUAAUGUGCUAAAGUUGAAAUGUAUUUGCCUCUUUAGAUGUCGUUAAGGUUUGUAAACUGUAAAUUAACACAAAAAUGCCUUCAUAUCGAUUUUACGGUAAAAAGAUGAAGAGUUACUUGUCACGAAAUGUGAAUAUAUACGUUGGUAGCUAGUUCAUUUCAACCGGGAAAAAUUAUCAAUUUUUCAGAAACAUAAUUUUGGAAUCAUUAAAAAUACAUUUAUCUGUAGCAUUUUGGUGGUUAUGCUGUAUAGAAUAGAACUAUUAGGUGCUUUUAAAUGUAUUACUAAAAUUACUAAAAUAAAUACAGUAUCUGUAAAAUUCACAAUUUCCCGGUUGAAAUGGCCAGCCAUUACCGUAUUAAUCAUUUUUUGGAUAUGCUAAAUUUCAGAUGAAUCACUUCCAUUAGCAAAAAAGUUAAUAUUUCCCAGUCCUGUUCUUAACACUAUUAUAUUUAUACACUUUAUGCAAUACUUGAUUAUUUAGUUGUCUUUAAAAAAACUGACAUAUCAUUUUUCUGAGUUUUUAUUUAGUUGGUCCCAUUUUUAGAAAUGGUCUCUGUAAAUGAACAGCAUAAAUACUUGUAUUGACAUUCCAGUACAAAAAGAAAAGGCAUUAAGUUCGAAAGCUACCCGAAAGAGUGAUAUUGAAAAUAAAGCAUGCACAGUCAAAUGACCAAAAAAACGUCACAAUUUUCGAAUUUUCUUAAAUUAAAGUAAAACAAAUUCUGUACUUGUUUCAGUCCAUUUCCUCAAUAGAUAUAUUUCAAAAGUACGAGAAUUCUAAAGUGUUUGUAUUUAUUUAAUGUAUUUCAACUUUUCUAUAAUAAACAGCUUAUUAACAUAACUUUGUUUUAUUUAUAUUGAUUGAAAUUGAUAGAAUGGG